AUGCAACGCAAGGAACGCAGCUUCCAGGAGUGCCUCGAGUUCCUUCUGCCCGUCUACCUACUGCCUUUCAUUUUCGGCGACAAGGAGGGCACCUGCAUCUACUGCGUCCUGCUGACGGUGCUUGGCCUCACGGGCCGCCUGCUUCCGCCGGCCGUAGCCGCCAUGCUGCCCAUCGUCAUCCUGUCCGUCGGCGACAUAUAUAGCGCAGAACGGCUGGCCGCUGAGUACAUGGGUCCCCGCGUGCUGACGGCCAGCCUGCUGUUCGCCAUCGCCUUCCUGGGCGACGAGACGACCGUGUUCCUGCGGCUGUCCCUGCACGCGCUGCGACGCUACGCCCUGCGCAUGCAGCCGCUCUUCCUCUACAUGCACCUGCUGGUGUUCGCGCUCGGCCUGCUGCUGCCCAGCGCCCUGGUCGUGGUGUUCAGCACCGUGUUCAUCGACCGGUUCGUCACCACCGUGCACAACGAGAUCACCGCGGACCAGCGCAGCAGCGUGGUGCGCAUCCAGACGGCCAGCUCGUCGCUCAACUACCUCGACGAAGGCCGGCGCCCCCGCUGGGCCGGCCUGGGUCGCAGGGGCAGCGCCCCGGGCCGGAGGCCCCGGAGCGUGUCCAUGGUGAGCGAGAUGACCCUCGCCAGCGACGCGUCCGCCAGCAGCUCCUUGGUCAGGCAGUACAGGUUGCACCCGCCGGCUCUGUUCCCCGAGCAGCCGUCGGUGGCGACGCCCAGCGGAGACGAGAAGCGUCGCCGACUGAAGUUAGAAGAACGCCGUCUCUGCGUUUACGGGACGCCGGCAAGCACGACGUCGCGUCGCGUAUAUAUACCCGCGCAGAGAAUACCUCGCAAGACCUCGUUCGGCACCUUCGAGCGGGCCGCGCCGCACGACCCGCAGUGGCCGCACCACCUGCCCGUGCGGCACAUCCGCUCCUUCAGCGCGUGCCCCAAGCCCCCGUCGUCCAUCCUGAAGCGCAGCCCCGCCGUGCCUCCGCCGACGCCCCUAGCGUCGGCGACCCCGUGCCCGCAGUCCUCGCCGUUGCCGUCGCCGUGCGCAGCCAUCGCGGGCAAGGAGGACCGCAGGGCCGCUCUCUUCGCGGAGCCGCCCUCGACGUCACCGUCGGCACGGUCACCGUCGCCCAGCAGCGACGAGAUCUUGCAGGAAGGCCCCAUCGACACCCCCGGUAGCCCUGGGUCGAUCGUGUACACGCCACUGUCGUCCACGCUUUCCCCGCCGGCGACUCCGCCCAGGGCACCGCUUUGCAGUGUGGCGACUUCCCCGGAAGCGGUGCUGGACGCCUGCCGUGCCCACGAGUGCAACGCCACCGCGGCGGUGACGCCUUCGCGUCAGCAGAGCUGCACCAACGCGGCCGCGCUAGUGGCCGGAAUGUCGUCGUCCAAGGGCUUAAAAGGACGCGGGGAACGUUCGCCAUCGCCUAGGAGGACCCGGGCGAAAAUUGCCGCCGCCAGGCGGAGCCAGGGUCAAGAAAUUCCAUCCCCGGAGAAGACGGCCGAGGACAACCUGGAGGCGCGAAACAGGCGUCAAACGUUAUCUGCCAGCAGCGUGCGACAGCCAGAUCAACCAGCUCGAGAGACCCUCGAAAUGAAGGCUGACGCCCGAACCAAUUCACUGCGAACGCCAAAGCCGAAUGUAAAGACGGUGCCCGACCCAAAGAUUCAGCCCGAAUUCGAGCCGGUGGCACCACCGAAAUCUGUGGUGAAGCUCGACACGAAGUCGGAGGAGCCAAGGCCCGAGUGCAGAGUGGACCAGGAACUGGAACCACGGGCGGUGGAAGUACGCGGGGUUCUCAAGAAGAUCAAUCCGUCCCUACAGCCAAGCGCCGCAAGCCGCAGUGGCAGCGUCCCUUACGGAAGGUUGCUGUCGCCGUCCGAGAACGACGAUAACGGUCACAUAGCGCAGUGUCCGCUCCCAACGACAGACCUCACCGGAUUAGAGCAGCAGACGUCGUCUCUGCGCGUGCGAGCCCUGACAUCGGCUGCGCGUCCAGCGUUCAUUGCCGGCGCUGCCUACGCUGCCAUCUUCGGGAACCUCGCCAGCUUCAGCACACUGCCGACGCGGGGCACCGUGCUCGUCACCCUCGGCUGCAGCGACGACGACUGUCCGGUGAAUUGGUGGAGGUGGCUGGCCGUGUCGUUGCCCGUGGCCGUGAUCUGCUGCAUCAUUUCCUGGACCUUCAUCUACUGCGCCAGCCUCGUCAGCUGCGAUGACGAGAUUGACGAGCAAACGCACGAAGACAUGUCGAAGUGUGCCCGGGCCCGGCAGCUCAACAUGAAGAAGCACACCAUGCGAGAGGCUCUCUUGUUCUACUGGCUCAUCGGGAUCCCGGUUGUCUCCAGCGCUUACGCCACUAGUCAUCCCGGAGGGUACGCGGAAGGGCCCUUUCUGGGUCUCACGCUGUUGGUGCUGAGCGUCGCUCCCGGCUCGACGUGGCGCCGGUGCUGGUCGCUUCGCCUGCUGUGCUGGCGCAACCUGUGCUCUCGCAUGCCCUGGAACGUGAUCCUCACGCUGGGCUCCGUCAUGGCGCUCGCCAAGACCGUCGAGGAAUACCGGCUGGUCGAGGCGGGUCUGGCGAAGCUGGACGAUCAGUUCUGGACGCAGCGGUCCACCAAGGCCAGCCAGUUCAUCCUGGUGAGCGUGGCAGCCGUUCUCUCCGAACUUGUGGUCGGUGACUCGCUCGCAAGAUCCAUGGCGGCCACGGUGGUCAGAGUGGCGGUGGUGACGGAGACCCCAGUGUCCUUCUACGUGGUACCGGUGAGCCUGGCGGCCUCCAUUAAUGUGAUGCUGCCAGUAUCACUGCCGCUGCUGAUCAUGCGUGAAUACCUGCAGACCAAGUGUGCGCAGAUGGUGGCCUAUGGCGUGUUCCUCAAGUGCGCCGCCGUGGUAGUCAUAUUCAUCUCGAUGAACACGGUCGGCCUUAUCCUCUUCCAAGGCGAUCCGCCGGCGAGAACACCAGCCAUGUUUGCACUGCACAACGCCAGCGACGUUGAGGCGACAACUAUGUGACGCCGUGCUUAGCGUUAUUUGUGAAACGCAAACCUUCGAAGCUCGUUCGUUCUAUUUUUCAUCGUACGUCGUUGAGUGUCCAGUGUUUUUUUCCUUAGAGGACCUGUCACGCCUGAAAGGUGUCGAGCGUGCGCGAAAUUUUUGUGUAUUUGUUCGAUCCGCCACGCCACCUUUCUUUUUUUCUUUUUUUUCUUUCGCUUUUUGAUGUAACUUCGUUACUGUCCGCUUUUGAGCUGAUUGCUGCCAGCUAGUGACAGUAAUCCAAUGUUCAAAGAGCACGUCUGCAACCACAGAAUAUGGUUCUAGCUAUCUCUCUUUAAUUUGUUGCUGCACAUUACAGUGCAUGUUUAACAGUGCAUGUUCUUGCUGAACGGUUUGCCGCGUGCACUGCGAAUUGCGCAAGAUGACAAGCAUCGCCAUACUGUAAUCGGCUUCAGUUACAGAAUAACUCAAACCAAUUUCUUCCUUCAUUUUUUCUUCGAUCUCGUGACUACUUUAGCCUUGCUAUAACGCCUGACGCACAGAAUGUCGUCACGGUGUGUUUCUUAUUUUUCUAUAGACGGAAUGCCCGAAAACGUUUCGUGUUUCUUCUCUGCACGCAAAUGUUCAGAAGCACUGGCGUCUGUGAUUUCCGGACCUCCUAUGUUUAUUGCGUGUGUGCUCGUUUUUUUUUUUUUUGCUUCUUCCGGAAAAUACCUAGAACUGCUUCACGAAGAUUCUAGUAACAAACCAAGAACUGGACCUAUGAGGACUCUAGUAUACUACUUGUCUCUAUAUGCAUGCGCUGUGUGGUUCGAGAGCCAUGUCUAUGGCGUUGUGGUGCAUGGGUGACAUGCGCGCGAGCAUUGCACAUUUGCCUAAACAAUCUGGCGGCUGGUGAGCAGCAGUUGGUGAGCACAGAAUUUCUCCAACUGAUCAUUUGAGACAUUAAAAAGAAAGUGUGGUUCAUAAAGUGCCGCUUUACAAGUGUUCUUUUUCGUUUUAUUUUAACUCUAUCCGAUGUCGUCGUGCUAAAAAAAAUCCCUUUUGGGUCUUGAAUCCGAGACUUCUUGAGCUGAAUUCGCAAAGCCCUGCCGUCGGCCGCCCGCCUACACGAAUCACAGCUUCAGACGCCGGGGUAGGUAACCACUGCCUGUGACCGACCAUCGUCGCUCACGGCCUCCUUAUCGCGCCGAUCUCUAUCUCGACGUGGCAGGUGCCCGUACUUCGAACCGUGCCCUCCGAAAUCGCACGCUCUGUGCGAACGCGAUGCCGACUAAAGCCAUGUUCGAACUUACGCUCACAUACUGCAACAAUAUCACGCGCUCUUUACGCUUCUAAAAGGAGCGCCGAAGAUCAGUGACGCAGCCAGAAAUUCCGUUCGGGAGGGGGCUCACGUUGCAGUUCAGCCUCCUUUAGACAAUUUGUCGUAUGAUCAAGUACGUGAAUAAUAACUGCAUUGCCAUUGCCAAAGAUGCGGCAAACGAAUUCUU